GGGACAAACGGACCCAACCUACUUAACCGUCGUUCUCUUCUCCCCCCGUCGGUCACGAGCCCACGAGGCCACGACAGGCGCGCCGGCCGGCUUCGUCAGGUCAGGUCGUCUCCCGCGACCCCACCCGCCGCGCCCGCAUGCGUGUCAACCCCUUACGGGGGCGGCCGGGAUUCCGGCGCAACCGCGAGGAGGAUCGGGCGGAUCCCGGGUCCCGACACGCGGCGCGGCACGAACCGCCCGGCCGCGCGCACGGGCCCCUAACUCCUACUAAAUAACCAGUCGCCUGCCUGAUGAUGGCUCGCGCUCGCCCAGUGCCCCGGGUCAGCAGCUGGGUUGGUUUGGUUGUUGAGGGAGGGAGGGGGCGAGUGCGCGCGGCCGGCACGAUGCCUUGGCCCGCGUCCGCACUGCCUCACCUCAGACUUCACUCCCUGUCCCUGGCCCAGGCGCGACACUAGCAGCAGCUCGAUCGGCUGCCUCGCCUCGCCUCGCCGCGCGUCCCACGUGCCGGCGAGAUAGUCUGGCGGAUGUGCUCAUGUGCAGGUAUGAGGUAGCGGCUCCGCUUGGCUCGUCGAUCUUUUUCCGCCGCGUACGCCGCCCCACUUCUACCUGCUCGCACGCGCAACGAUGUCGCCGGGUGUGAUGCUUGCUUGCCGUCACCGAUGAGCCACCGUCGAGGUUUCAGUUCGAGGUUGUCGGGACCUGGUUGUCCUCCCGUGAGCGUAAAGGUGCUUGAGGAACGCCACUAGGAGGUGCUUCAGUGGUUGGGUACUAGUGUUAGUGGUGGAGAUGGUUCGAGGGCCAUGGCAGAGCAUCGUGUUGCCGGUUAUGCUUGGGAGUCCUGUGAUUUGAAUAAGAUCUUACCAUGACUUCAAUUUUAGAAAGACACGAAAGUGCAAAUUUGUAGGGUCGCUUCUGCAACCGGGUAACUACUAGCGCUGAAAAAAAAAUGUCUUCAGAUCCCCCACCUGAAUUGAUUAAUGGCCUUACGGAAAGCCAAAAAGCCUUACAGUGAUCGUUUCACCAUAUGAGGUAAAAACACGAAAAAGACUAUGAUCUACAUGGGAUCAACGCAGUGGCACCAGGACUCUGCUAUUCUUCUGUCUUUGCGUGGCCAGCUAUUAUUUCCACUUCUGCGACGAUGGAUUGCAUCCUUACCUAAUUUGGGAAGCUACCAUUUGUUGAAUUGAUAAAUGACUAGUAGAAAUGUCCGUGCGUUGCUACGUAUUUUUACAUGCUCGUAGCUUAUUAUUCUUUUUUUUCAUGUAUGGUUGUUUUUUUUAAAAUAGUAUGGUUGCUUAGCGUCUCAUUUUGUAGGAACAUUUAGAGCACCCAAGAGAGAUGUAUGUUAAAAUAAAAGAUCUCAUGAUGUUUGAAGUUUAGAUAACUUAUAUUGAAUACAAAGAUAUCUAAAUAAAGUUAUAAUGUGAAAAUAUUAUAUCACCAAGCAUUGCACAAACUCUCCUGAGUAAUACGCUAAGAUACGGAAUGACUAAUGCAGCCCAAACCGGCCCACUACACCCUACCAGCCAACUCCCCGCAGUCACAAGGUCGUCAUGUUUGUCCCGUCACUGUGCUCGGGUUUGACGCGCCGGCCCACAUCCUCAACUCUAACUCCACGGUUCUGCCUGACGCUGCCGGCCGGUGCCGCCGCCACGGCCUGCCCUUGCUCGCUGCUGACCGUCCACGGGAUUCCGGCUCGCGGGACGGCGGGAGGGACACUACUACGCGUCUACACCAGGCACAUAAGUCUGAACUGAAGUCACACUGCAUCCUGUCUGUGUCACUGGCCACCGGCGGCGGAGGAGCAGGGCAUCAACCAAGUGGCGGUGAGGCAACCAUGGAGGAGCAGCAGCUUUGCGCUCUACUCCACGACCUCGAUGCGCUCAAGCAGCGCCCCGACGACCCCGCCUCCAUCGAUCGGAUGCGAGAUCGGGUGGUGGCGAUGUUGAGCCCGGCCUCCGACGCCGCCUCCUCCGACCAUGCCAUGGCCUCCUCGUGCGCGGCGGCCAUUCCUACCGCUGGCGGGCAGAUCUCGACGAGAAGAUCUCGUGGAAGGGUGGCGGCGGGGGGAGCGCGGUGACAUCGACGUCGUGGAGGUGGACCUGGAGUGGCACGGCGACACCCCAGACCCGCCACGCUGCCGCCUCCGACCACGCCGCGGCCUCCUUGUGCGCGGCGGCCAAUCCCGCCACCGGCGAGCAGAUCUCGGCUGGCACAUCUCGUGGAAGGGUGGCGACAGAUUAGAUUGGGCGCUUCACUGGGACCAUGGGCCUCGGAUCUCUGGUGAGUCCAUGUCACCAGUGGGACCACGGGCCUCAGGAAGCAGAGUAGAGUAGAGAGAGGAAGAUGCGGAUCCGAUUUUUGGUCUGGGGAUUUUUGUCUGGCGAACAGGGACUGCGGGUUGAUUGCUGAAAAUUUGAGGGGAUUUUUUUGCAAAAUGCCCACGACGGUUGACGGUUGAAAGAAACAUCCUCUCUUUAAUAUUAGGUAUAGAUUAUGCAAUGGUGAUCCUUAUAUGAACUAAUUGUUCUACACUUCUUA